GUCUCCACUCCGGAAACAUGAUGGGAUUCAUCAGUGCGUGCUGCGUGCCUUUCCUCAACAGCGGAAAUUGAAAGCGGGGGAAAGCUAGAUUACUAGCUGAUUAAGGCCGCCGUAUAAGACCUCAGCUUCUUCAAGAGUAAGCCAGACCCUAGCUAACUCUAGGAAACAAUUGCCCCCCAGGAAUACCUCGCUCAACGCCAUCGUCGAGGCAUUUCACGUUCAUCAGCUUUGCUAUGGCCACCACCCAAGGACACAAGUCCUCGGAAUAUGUCUUGUACUACAACCAAUAUUCAGUAUGUUCGCUGAUGAUCUUGCACACUUUGGCAUGGAAAGGAUCAGCAAGGAAGCCUGAAGAUGAGAUCGUUUUUCAGACCAAAGAGGUAGAUAUCUACAAUGAAGAACAACUCAGCGAGGAUUUCCUCUGCAAUAUCAAUGACCACGGCCAGGUCCCAGUGGUGCAGGAUGCUGGAAAAUCGGAGGCGCCGAUCGUGGACAGUCUCGUCAUUACGAACUGGCUGGCUGAGAAAUAUCCUGAUUUGAUCCCUAAGGAGCAUGAAGCGGAAAUUCAACAGUUCUUGAUCGACCUCCACGCCCUAAACUAUUUCUCGCUGUCUUUCCCUGGACGGCCGCAGGUGGCACAGCAAUUCGAAGCCAAUGUCCAGCGUCGACUGGACGACUCAAACAUCUCCGAUCGAUAUAGGAAGGCGCUUGAGUUCAAGAUGGGGGUAAUCAAACGCGACAAAUCGGGCGGCGUGGUGCCAGCGGCGGUAGCCGAGAACGAGAGACGUGCCAAAGCAUUGCUCUCAGCUCUGGCAGACAAACUGCCCAAUAACGAGAGCUGGCUUUAUGGCUCAAAGGCCACGGCUCUCGAUGCACAUCUGGUUUGUUUCCUCGCCCGACUAAUAGACGUGGGCCGUGGGCAUUUAAUUCCUAGCCAGUUGCGAGAGUACGCCGAUUGGGUGAUGGAAAAGCCGGAAUGGGACAAUAUAAUGCGCGGCCGGAGGACCAUGAUGGCGCAUUGA